AGCACGCACCCAGACUUGGGAUGAACUAACUCCUCACUCUAUUGAGGCGGAGCGGACGGAAUCUUCGAAGCCGAUCACGGAUCACUCCCAUAGAAACCAUUUUUCCGAUAGUUUCAUGUCUCACACUCCGGACUUACAACUCAUCACCGGAGAAGAAGAAGAAGAAACGGAAUCUUCUGGUCCAACACUCAUUACCGGACAAAACCAACCAACGCAGCAACCCCCACUCUUUCACUCUCCCUUUCUUUAAUAUCUAUCUAUAUAUAAGUAACAGGAAACUCGCUCGACUCGCUCUCCUUUGAGCUAUCCAACAACGAAGCAGAGUUCCCUAGCUAAAGAACUUCUCAAUCACAGUGUGAUUAACAGUAGGGUUUCUUCAUUCGGAUUCACUUUUCCUUCCAUGGCAUUGUCAUAAUAAUGGCGGCCGGUUCUAGAGGCUGGGCAAUUGCUCCAUUUGGCCUUAAAAUCCGCAGGUCUGAUGUUUCUCUUCUCCAUCUCCACGGGUUUGAUCUCUGGAAGAGGAGAGGCAGGAGCAGAGUUGGUUAUGGGGAUCGACUGAGUCGAAUAGCCAGCUGUUGUCUCGACUCGGUCCUCCCGUUUCGGAGAAACUCGGGCUCUGACAACAAUAUGGACAAGGCCAUGGCGUGGCGGUCCCAACCCAGGAAACGCUCUUGUAGAAUCCGAGUCCAAGCCAUUCCUGCGGUGCCCUUUGCCUCGCCCCGGCUUCUUGGUGCUUCAAAACUAGAAGAAUUCUAUCCUCGGUGUGGUUCAGGAAACUCUGCUCCACAGUCUCGUGUUACUCCACCCCAAAGAGACACCGGCAUUGCUAAUGAGAAGGACUGGGGCAUCAAGUUGCUUAAUGAAAACAUUAAUGAGUCUGGCAUAGAUGAAGAUGGAACUACAUGGUACCAAGAAAGUGGGGAGGACCUCAGGGAAAAUGGAUUCAGAUGCCGGUGGACAACGAUGGGCAGUCAAACCCAUGAUGAUUCCUCAGAAUGGAAAGAGACGUGGUGGGAGAAGAGUGACUGGAGUGGAUACAAAGAGCUAGGUGUAGAGAAAUCUGGAAAAAAUGCCGAGGGGGAUUCAUGGUGGGAAACAUGGCAAGAGAAUCUUCAUCAAGAUGAAUGGAGUAAUUUGGCGAGGAUAGAGAGGAGUGCACAAAAGCAAGCAACGUCAGGCACUGAAAGUGCUGGAUGGUAUGAGAAAUGGUGGGAAAAGUACGAUGCAAAAGGUUGGACGGAGAAAGGGGCGCAUAAGUAUGGUAGACUCAAUGAGCAUUCAUGGGGGGAGAAGUGGGGAGAGCACUAUGAUGGGAAAGGAUCUGUCCUGAAAUGGACAGAUAAAUGGGCAGAAACCGAACUAGGAACCAAAUGGGGAGACAAGUGGGAAGAGAAGUUCUUUGCUGGCAUGGGUUAUCGCCAAGGAGAGACAUGGCAUGUAUCCCCGGCUGGUGAUCGUUGGACAAGGACAUGGGGUGAAGAACACUUUCAAGACGGGAAAGUACACAAAUAUGGUAGAAGCACUACGGGUGAAAGUUGGGAUAUCAUUGUGGAGGAGGAAACCUUUUAUGAGGCUGAACCUCAUUAUGGAUGGGCAGAUGUUGUUGGUGAUUCAAUCCAAUUGUUAACAAUCCAACCGCAGGAGAGGCCACCUGGGAUAUACCCAAAUAUUGAGUUUGGAUCCUCUUCACAGCCUCCACCAGAUGAACCACAAUGAACAGCUGCUUCUCAUGUUCCAUGUUUCUUUCGGGAAAUAAUAUUUGAACUCCAUUUUUUUAUGUUACUAGCCUCCUGUAGUAACUAUUGGAACCAAUUGCUUUUCAAUUUAUUUAUUCUUUUGAUUUGCAACAUUUCUGAAUUUUGUCUAUCAUAAAACACUGUUUAGAGGCAGUAACAUGUACUGAUGGAAUCACAACAGCAGCUUUGGUAGCCCUGGGAAUCUGGCAAUGCAGCAUUUAAAGGUUAACUGUUA